AUGCAAAUAUGCAAGAUAUCAUACAACUUGACUACGACCAACAUAGCUGAAUCUAUCAACAAAGUGCUUUCAGAUGAAAGGAGUUUGCCGGUUGUAAGACUUAUAGAAGCAAUUAGGCAAAUGAUGAUGCGCUGGUUUUCGUCACGUAAGAUUGAUGCAAAUUCAAUGAAAACAACUCUAACUCGUGGAGUAGAGAAGCUUUUAGAGGGCCGUGUACCUUAUGCUAAAACGCUGUGCGUGCAACAGAUAGAUAUUCAUCAAUAUCAGGUGUCAAGUGUCUCAUCUACCCACAUAGUGAAUUUGACUGAGAGAAGUUGUUCAUGUCGCAGAUUUGACUUAGAAAAACUACCUUGUGUUCACGCAAUUGCAGCAGCUGAAGCGACAAAGUUAUCAACCAUUUCAUUGUGUCUUCCAUACUAUCUUACAAACUAUCUGUACAACGCUUACUCUGUGGCAGUAAUGCCGAGAUAUGCUGAUACACCAGUCCCUGAUAAUGUCGCAGGAAAAAUUUGUUUGCCUCCCGAGGUUCGCCAACCACCAGGGAGACCCAAAAAUUCAAGAAUGAAGUCUUGGUUUGAGAAAGGUGAAAAUAAGAAACGACCAAGAAAAGAGCACAAAUGUUCGAUUUGUAAUCAAGUUGGUCACAAUUGCAAAACAUGUCCUGUUGGUUAG